CUCUCUCUCUCUCUCUCUCUCUCUCUCUCUCUCUCGGUUUCUGUUAUCGAUUUGCUAAAGUGCGCACGGGAGAGAUCGGCGCACGCUGAAAAAGGUGAAAAUUAGGAGAACUGUGAAGGUGCGCAUAGUAGCCAUCAUCGUUAUUGGUCGGACGGUGAACCGAUCAAGAUUUACAUUCUACGGAGAAGCAGAUACAGAUAUAAAUUUUAGGGUUUUUUUGCUGGGUAGAUUGUUCAAUGGCCGCUCCACAGGGAAGGGCUCGAGCAGACUACGAUUACCUCAUAAAGCUCCUCCUGAUCGGCGACAGUGGUGUGGGUAAGAGUUGCCUUCUUCUGCGUUUCUCUGAUGGUUCCUUCACCACAAGUUUCAUUACCACCAUUGGAAUUGAUUUUAAAAUCAGAACCAUUGAACUUGAUGGCAAACGAAUCAAACUCCAAAUCUGGGAUACAGCUGGUCAGGAACGGUUCCGUACGAUCACAACCGCUUACUAUCGUGGAGCCAUGGGUAUCUUGUUGGUGUACGAUGUUACGGACGAAUCGUCUUUCAACAACAUUAGGAACUGGAUUCGCAACAUUGAGCAACAUGCUUCUGACAAUGUGAACAAGAUACUGGUAGGGAACAAGGCUGACAUGGAUGAAAGCAAAAGGGCUGUGCCUACUUCCAAGGGCCAAGCACUUGCUGAUGAGUAUGGCAUCAAAUUCUUUGAAACUAGUGCGAAAACAAAUCUCAAUGUGGAGCAAGUGUUCUUUUCAAUAGGAAGGGAUAUAAAGCAAAGGCUUGCGGACACUGACACAAGGGCAGAGCCCACGACAAUUAAGAUAAAUCAACCCGAUCCAGCAGCUGGGCCUGGUCAAGUUGCCCAAAAAUCAGCUUGCUGCGGUUCGUAGAUAUACGACAUAUUGCUGGAGCAAGGUCACUUCGUAGAUGCUACACUGCCAAGACCUGAGGGAAAAACCCAAAAGAAAAAACUAAUUGUGAUGACACUAUGGUGGGUGCCUGUAACUUUUCUUAUUCGUCUGUCAUUCUUUCCAAACUUGGUUUAGUGUGUGGAAAUAUGUUUUGUAUGAUUUCAGAAAUUUAUUUUGUGCCCACACGGUCUUCUGUUUUGUCCCACUACUUUUCUUUUAUCUUGGUGACGAUUUUUCCUUGGGUUUGUUCUGUUUCUCCCAUAUCUAGACAACACGCAAACAAUUGCCUUUCUAUCUUUUGCGAAAAAUGAUUUAUAGCUAUGAACCUUGGGUUGAUUAAUUGCAAUUGAUACCUUGUAUGUUUAGAAAUACCAG